AUGGGACGCACGUCCAGAGCUCUGUUUGUCGUGUCGACUGCCGUGCCGGAGUUCCCGGAGGAUCGACAAUGCUGCCAUCCGACACGGCUGGAACCCCGGCGUCGUCGUCUGUGGGAACGGCGGUCAAUCUCCUUCGCCUCGUCCUACGCGAGCACCUUCCCGGAGCGGACGGGGCGCGUCGUGCUCGACGGCAACCUCUUCCCGUUCCCGAACACCGUCUCGAUGGGGCUGGUGUGGACGAGCGCCGUCUCGCAGGUAAUCGAGCACAUGCUCAACAACUGCCGCGUAAAGUCGGCCGUGUGCGCGCUGCAGAGCCCGUUCCGCUCGUUCGAGGCUGUGCUCGACGCGGCACGGCGCGGGGAGCUGCGCAGCCCCAAGACGGCCGACGGCUCGCGCAUUGCGCUCAACAACGGCCUCAUCGUUGGCUACAUGCAUGACGUGGCGGAGGAGCGCGGCUGUGGCUGGAAGAAGGCUUUGCUCACACUCGCCUUGCUCAAUGCGUCUGACGCGGCGCACCGCGAGGUCGGCGUCGUGCAAGUGCUCGACCGGCUGUGCAAGGUUGGGCAGAACAUCACCUGGCGGCGCUACUCGUCCUGCAUUGACGGCAUCCUGGUUGGCGAGGACGACGACGCCAUCAUGGGCACCGCCACGCUGGCAAUGGACAACGCCGGCCGGCUGAAUGUCGACAGCGGCGUCGGCAUGUGGCGGGCCGAGCGCAAGUUGUAUGGCGAGCACAUCCUCGGGCACUCAAUUGGGUACGUCUCGUCGAUGGGCACGUGGCAGGUGCAGCCCAAGCCCGUGGCGCCAAUCGGAUCGGUCGACGUCGCGCCGCUCGUCGUCGGCAACCUGUAUGACCAGGCCACCUCGUACAUCCUCUCGCAGCACAUGGCGGCCUCCUUCCCCCGCUCCUCCCUGAUCACGUACCAGGGGCUCGGCCACUGCCUCGACCAGCCGACCGACCCCCUCAACCUCGACCCGAGCGGGACGGGCGAGUGCACCAAACUCGUCAAGAACUACCUCCGCACUGGCGACCUGCCGCCCAAGGGGCACACCUGCGCGAUGGACGUGCCCAUCCCGGUGCCCACCGUUGAGGAGGUGGCUGCCGCGGUGGCGGUGGGGGGCGCGAAGUAG